AUGGCUUGUGGACGAAGCUUCCAGACGAGUCCUGUCCCUCCCCAUGUAAACAGAGGAGAAAUGGAGAAUGCUGCCAGAACAAACAUAAUGCUUGGUGCUAAGGGACAUUUUGUUACUCAUUUAGUUAUUUUAGUAGUCCGUGGAUACAGUACGGGAGUGGUCGCAGCCUCAACAUCAACCAAGAACAGUAUUACUCGCACUUGCAUCGAGUGUAGAGUGUGGUGUUUGCGAUUUCUUACAAAAUUCAACAUGAAAACUGGAAGACGGAAAACAGUAUGGCGGACCCUGUGUUUUGUAGUGAUUUUAACGCCAACUCUUUUUCUUCUGAAAAUUAUUUCAACCUGUAGCCCCCGCUCUCCCACGCCGCUGACUUACUCGGCUGAGUCGGAAAAGGUCUUGUCUGAAGGAGAAUUUUAUGUGCUGAAGAACGUUUUCCACUAUAAGGAGAGCCAACAAGAGCGCACGGGGCUUAGAAUGCUCUCAAAACUCUACAAACAACUCCCAGCGGUUAGAGCAGAGUACUCAGUCACGUCUCCUGAAAUAUGGGAGUUCAUCGCAAAACUCAAGAAAGAUUUAAAAGGGAAAGGAAUUACAAAGAAGCCUUGGAAAUUGGCACGGAAGUGGGCGAAACCAACCUCGCUGAUCCCUUCGUCAGCUCCGGGUCUGGGUGACGUGCUGACGGCCCUCGCCACCGCCGCCGUGACCUCUGCUGACCUCAGCGACAGAGGGUCACAGCUCAAGAUUAAACUCAAGCUUGAAGGAGGACAGACCGUUAUUUUUAAACCGAUGAGAUACGCCCGGGAGGAGAGCUUAGAAGACGCCUAUUUCACCUUCGAUCGCCACAAUGGGGAAAUCGUUGCGUUCCACUUGAGCAGAGUGUUAGACAUGCGAAUGGCGCCGCUCACUGUGGGUCGAAAGAUAUCUCUGGAAACCGAAAUUUUGCCCGUUUCGACGCAGAGACUUUCGGAUACAAUAUUCCGGAAUGAGGACGGAGAUCUCUGCUAUUUCGGAAACUGCGAGUUCUGCGAUAGGAAAUGGCCGGCGUGCGAGGAGGACCAGUACCUCGAGGGGGCUGUGGUCAUGUGGCUUCCAGAACAUUACGUAGCGUCCGAGCCACACCAUCCGUGGGGAAGGACUUAUAUCAAAGGCAAGCUCGCCGAGUAAGUAAAGAAGUGAUGUGGGUAACUAUAAUGUAGACAAAACAACAACAACACAACAACUGUAAAAUGGAAAGAAAAUAUAGGUACAGUAAGGAAGGGAAUGAUUGUAUCAUGACGUUUCGGGUGAAAUGAGGGCGUGUGUAAAAUGAAAAUAAAAUAUAGAUACAGGAAAGAUGGAAAACACUACCAUGACGUUUCG